UCUCCCGGUCCUUCUCACAAGGCGCUCUUUAAGCUCCGCUGUUGCCACACAGAGCAGCCAUUCAUCGGCUCCACAGUCGGCCACACACUCCCAUGUUGAACCACUGGACAUCUAAAUUGGUGUAGCUGUUUUCGCGGAGAAGGAUUUCCAGCCGACGGUGGAGAGGAUUUGGACACUUUUACGCAGCAGUAUGACUUUGCCUGAGAAGAGUCAGCAAUAACUGGAUCGCCGAAGACUCCAAAUAUCUCGAAAAAUAUUGAAUCCCCUUCUUAAAUAUUAUUUAACAUUCAAGGGUUGUCUUGUCAUUAGCUGCAAAUAAAGAAAUAAUAAUAAUGUCGGGCGAGGAGCACAGCCUGUCCGAGGCGGAGCUGAGUCCCGGAGCGUCAGACGACGGUCACUCACUGUCACCGACUCAACCCGGAGCGCCGCCGGGCCAGGGCUCACCUCUGACCGUGCCGCCGCAGCAGCUCGCCGCGCUCUGCGGUGCGGACGGCAGCGAGGACGACGGAGGCACAUCCAGAGGCAAGUCGGAGGAAGAGGACGAUCGCUUCCCGAUCGGUAUCAGAGAGGCGGUGAGUCAGGUGCUGGACGGAUAUGACUGGACACUUGUGCCCAUGCCGGUGCGCGUAAACAACGGGAACAAAGCAAAGCCCCACGUCAAGAGGCCCAUGAACGCCUUCAUGGUGUGGGCGCAGGCAGCAAGGAGGAAACUGGCCGAUCAGUACCCCCACCUGCACAACGCCGAGCUCAGCAAGACCCUCGGCAAACUGUGGAGGCUGCUGAACGAGAGCGACAAGAGGCCAUUCAUCGAGGAGGCGGAGAGGCUGAGGAAACAGCACAAGAAGGACUACCCGGAGUACAAGUACCAGCCCCGGAGACGCAAAAACGGCAAACUAACGACCAGUGAGUCUGAUAGUCAGGGGGAAGGGGAGGCCAGCCACUCCCAGUCUCACUACAAGACCCUGCAUCUGGAGCACAAUGGCGGGGCUGGUUCUCCCCUGGGUGACCUGCACCACCACCACCAUCCUGCUGGCCACAGCCCACCCACGCCCCCCACCACCCCAAAGACAGAGCUCCAGUCUGGAAAACUGUCAGAUGCUAAGAGGGAUGGGGCAGCGGGAGCAGCCGGAGGAUCAGGGGGGUCUAGAGGAGCCCUCGGGGUGGGAGCUGAAGGUACAUCCGGUGGUCCCUCAUCAUCAGGAGCUAAACCCCACAUCGACUUUGGCACCAUGGACAUCGGCGAGAUCAGCCAUGAGGUGAUGUCCAACAUCGAGCCAUUUGAUGUCAAUGAGUUUGACCAGUACCUCCCUCCAAACGGCCACCCGCAAAGUGGAACCGGGGCCCCUGCAGCCGGCUCCUCUGCCUCGUCUUAUGCCUACGCCUUGGCCGCCGCUAGUGGGCACUCCGCCUGGCUGUCCAAGCAGCAGCAACAGCCUCAGGCCUCUCCAUCUUCCUCCGACCCCUCCAAGGCCCAGAUCAAGAGCGAGUCAGCGUCUGGGAGCCACUAUGCCGAGGCCUCGUCCUCUCCCUCCUCGGGCACCCAUGUCACCUACACACCGCUCAGCCUCCCCCACUACGGCUCCGCCUUCCCCUCGCUGGCCUCUAGGGCUCAGUUUGAGUACGGAGAGCAUCAGGCCCCAGGGGCGUACUAUGCCCACUCCAGCCAGGCCCCAGGGCUGUACUCAGCCUUCUCCUACAUGGGCCCUACACAGAGGCCUCUGUACACUACCAUAGGAGACCCCUCCAGCGUGGCCCCCUCCCACAGCCCCACACACUGGGAGCAGCCUGUUUACACCACACUCACAAGACCUUGAGGGAGACCAGCUGAGCAGAGGGAAAUAUGGGAAGCGUGUGAGUGGAUCUGUGUGACUGUGUGUGUGAAUAUGUGAGUGUGUGAUUGCCUGUGUGUGUGUGUGUCCAUGCCAUAUUGAUGUUAUAUUAGAGGUUUUUACUUUUUUAGCCAAUAUAAUGCAAGACGCAUCCACGGGGCCUUACAUCGUUAAAAAAAACAAAAAAACUCACACAAUAUUAAGUGUGAGUCAUGGGUCAACAGCCAAUCAAAAAAUAAAUAAACCUUUAACAAAUGUGUGCCAUCAUGAAUAUAUAGGUUGGGAUGUACAGCAAGCGUGAAUACAAGAGUUUAGACGAGUGAGAGAGACACUGAGAAAGGACAGAUGUCGACAAGUGACUCGGAUUUGACCCGGACAUGCUGGGUUUAGACUGACGUAAUCAGACUUUAUUAACCAAACUAAAGGAUGUGUUUGAUGUUAUUGUGUUAUUUUAUAUGAGUAGUAAGUAUAUUGUCAUUGUUGAUAUCCUAUAGGGUGUAACUUUAUUGUGACUGAUUUGAUAUGACACUCACACAUCUGCACCACUGCUUUGGGAAGAAAAAAAAGACGCAUGCUUUGUUCCAAUAGGAUGUUCCCUGGUGUUUUGUUGUACGUGGCCAGAAAAGGAUAUAGUUGCAACCUUCUCUCUUUUUGUAGAUAUAGCACAGUCUGCAUCUCUGUCCUUUCUUUACAUGGACGUCACUGAACUGAACAAUUAGGCAUUUAAGGGGAAAAAUAUAGGAAAACGAGAGGGAAAGAGAGCUCUUAAAGACGUAUUUCAGCUUAAUGCUCAGUCUUGGGCACUUACCUCAAUUCUAUUAAUUUUGUGCCAGUAGCAAAGGAUGAGUACAACCACGGAUACCUGAUUGACUGAAGCUGUUCAAAAUUUCAGAACGUUAAGCCUCCACUUCAGCCUCUUCAUUAUUAUUAUUAUUAUUAUUAUUAUUAUUAUUGCUUUUAAAGUGCCUAUAACAUUUUUUGCUAACUCACAUCUGGUUGAGUCAAUAACUGAGUUAAAAUCUAUAAGUCUCAGCCAAACCUCUCGAGAUAAUUGGCCAGCUUUGGGACCUACUUAAGGAUUAGAAUCACAUGUACGAGCGUUGUGCGCUGCAUGUAGGCCAAAAGCAUGUUUGCUUCCUCACAAACAGCCCUCUUCCUCUUCAGCAAUGUGAAUAAUGGUCAUUACCACAAGCUUCACCUUUUAUUAAGUGAUGCAUACUUUUAUCAUUUUAUACUGACCCUCUUACCAUUGUAGUUAUCAUUUUUAUGUAAGUAAUAAUGCAUCGUGUGUCACACCUUUGCUUCUUCCAUUUUGUAUAAUUCUGGAUAGUUUUGUAAAGUGUUUGCUAUACAUUCACUUGAGUAUUUUUUUGCUUCCUUACAAGAAAAGCAAUGUUGAAAUAUUAUU